GAAGGAGAAGGAGGAAGAGGAGACCGGGGCCCGACGCCACUCACCAUGGCCGCGGCGCGGUCGCUGCUGCGGGCCCGAGCGCGCUAUGAGGGAAGAAGCGGGAGCACUGCCGCGGCCGCCGGAAGGGAGGCGGUGCCGUGGCGGUUCCGGGGCGGAGCUGCCGUCCCCAGCGGGGCGGAGCCGCAGGGCAGCUCCGGCAGCGCCGAUGGCGGCGGGGCCGUGUGGCGAUCACGGGCCGCGCUGGGCGCUGUCGCUGCGCCCGCCGCUCUGCCUCGCCUGCGCCGUGGAGACCCUGGGCGACGGCAGCGCCUCGCUGGUGCGCAAGAAGCACGUCCUGUCCCGGCUCCAGGAUGCCCUGGCCUGGCAGGCGCUGCCGGUCGUCCAGCUGCUGGCACCAGACGAGAGGGUGUGCAUGCAUUUGAUAGGAACUCUCUUUGGGAUGUUGCAUUCUGUGGAAGACAGCAGUGCCCUGAACCUGUUAGUUGAAGUUCUGGUGAGGCUUGUUGUGGAGAUGAAGUCAGAACAGUACUUAUACUGCAUUUUGGAUGAAAGUCAGAAGGAGCUGUGCAAAGCAAAUACCAUGAGAAGCAGCCUGCCCACAUUUUCUCUCUUGGGCAAGCUGGCAGAUGCCAUCCCAGGCUUUGCUGAAAUACUGGUGGUAAAGCACAAUAAUUUAGUGGAUCAUCUGCUGAUGGGCUUGACAUACCCAAAUGAAAGUAUAAAAGCUGCUGUCUGCUACUUGUACGGCAAGCUGUACUCCUCUCCUGCUGGCACAGAACGGCUCUCAGGACACUUUGAAGAAAGGCUGUGUGGUGUCUUCUUGAAUACUCUGGGGUGUGCACAGACAAAGGAGCUGCAGGUUAAUUGUUUGGGUUUGCUAAAGGAGCUGCUGAAAUCUGACCAUUUUGUAUCUAUUCUUAUGAAUAAUGCAAAGACAGAGGAGGAGACUGAGAACCCUGACUUUUUAGAAGGGGAAAAUCCACUUCCACUUGUUCUCAAAAAGCUCUUGUUAACCAGAGAUGAGAUGUUACAGGCAGCGAGUUCUCACUGUAUGGCUGCAGUGCUGGUUCACUCUCCUAGCAGAUAUGCUCCUGCUUUUAUCCAUGCAGAUGUCCCAGAGUUCCUCUUUGAGUGUCUCUUGUGCAAAAGUGAAAUCCUUAUCUGGUCAGUGUACUGCUGCCUGCUCCUCCUGACUGAAGAGCGCCUUUUCUUCUCCAAGUGUCACACUGUGUAUGGCAUUGAAUCUCUGGUGAGGAGUCUCCAAGGUGUCCUGCUGCUGAACAAUGUGGAGUUGCACAAACAAGGGCUCCUGCUCUUCACUGAAAUACUGAAACGGCAACCAGUGGAAAUCAAAUUGUUCACUAACCGAGGUGUAUGCUUAGAAGCCAUUGAUGUUUUGAUGGAGACAGUGAACUGCCCAGUGCUGGAGGUGGCAGUGGAGGCUGUAAGAGCUGUGGCUGCUUUCCUGAGGAAGGACCAUCUGAGUUCCCCUCCAGUCCCAUAUGAAGAACUGCAGAAGCUUCUGGAGGCGGUGCUGAAGCGAUGUGCUGACCUUUCCCCACCACAGAGUAGUAAGAGGCAUGCAGGCGAUCUCCUAUUCUCAGUGUCUCAGAGUCACUCGGCAAACAGAAAUCUUGGUAGAGUUCCUCAGAGACAGGGUCAGUUCUUGCUCAAUACCCUGGAGAGUUUCAGAAAUGCUUGCAGGUUAGCAGUGGAAUUCCAGGGUGACUUCAUGGCCCAGGAGAAUGCUUUCACUGCCCCCAACUCUGAGAGCAAAGACACACUAAGCAACUUCUCUGAGUUCCUGUUGAGGAUUUGUGACAGUCUCUGCAUCCCCAUGGUCAUGAGCUAUCUGGAAAGGGCUGUCAGCCCAUCAGUGACAGAGGUUUUCAUCUCAGCACUCAGUACCCUCUUUACAGUGGUGCCAAGCAUGAAGAAUAAGUUCUCCAAGAAGCUGGCAUCCUCGUCCUUCAUCCGACUGACACUGGAGCUGAAGGCCAGAUUUUGCUCGGUACAGAGCAAUCCUGUCUUGAAUCACACCUGUUCCAGCUUCCUCUGCAGCUUAUGCCUGAACCUUUACUCAGCCACAGAGAAGACGAGAACUUCUUCUCAGGAGGAGCAGGAGAUGUCUGAGCUCCUGCAGAAGGGUCUGCCUCAGUUAAACUACACCAUUGCUGAAAGCCUUCUCCUCCUGUCUGAAACCCCUGAGCCUUUCUUUUUGGAUCAGUCUCUUUGCAACCACCAGCACUGUUUUGUACUGCUCUUAUACUUUGCCUACACCUUUGGGGACAGGUUUGUUCCAGAUGCAGAAUUAUUUCUAGCUGUAAGAAAUUUUCUCCUGUCAGCACAGGACCAUGGAGACUGUCCCCCUCCACACAUACUCAGAGCUGCACUUUACCUCCUUGCUGUCUGUCAGGACAAAGGCAAAGGCCUGGACGUGAGGUCUUUGUCUACCAUAAGAAGGAUCCUGGAUAAUCUUCCACAUCUGAGCUUGGUCUAUGUCCAUUGUCCUCUCCUGCUGAAAUUCUUCCUGCGCUACCCUGAGCUCAUGGGGAGAUUUGGACACCAAGUCCUCCAACUCUGGUUUUCCUGGGAGGACUGCAAGCAGACUGAGGCUGAAGAAGGUGAUUUUGGCUCGUCAGAUCAGCUGAACAGUGCUAACCCAUUGCUUCCCAUUCUGAAGAGCAAUUCCAGCAUUUUGCUUAUUUUACUGGACCUGGUCUGUUCAAGCUCUGUGGAAGUGGCUUGGAAGGUGUUGCUGACUCUAAGGACCUUUCUGGAAAGAAAUGAGGAUGUCCUUGUCUGUGACCUCCUUCGGAGCCGAUUUUUACAGAUUCUGCAGCAGCUUCUGGUAGAGAGCAGCUCAGCCACCCUACAAGCUAACAGAAACCUGCCUGUUUUGCUGAGCCUUCUUUUCCUGGUGCAGCUGCGGAGCAAGGGCAUGAGGGAGCUGGACAGCACAGACUUCAAGCUGCUUCACCAGGUCUGUAAUCUCUGUGGGAAAUGCAGACCAAGGGACACUGACCUCCUGCAGCCAUCCUUGAAUUUUCUGUACUGGAGCCUUCAUCAGACAACACCUUGUAGUCAACAGAGAGCAGUGGCUGUGCUGCUCUCCAACGUGUCCUUGCUGGAACUCCUGCAGAAGGUUUUGGAAUGCACCUGGCUAUGGUCCCCUCCUUCCAGACCUGACUGCCUGUCAUCUGAAGAUGCCUUGCUGUGCUCUGGAUGGCUGUUGGUGGCAUCCCUUUUGCUUUAUCAGCAUCGCUACAAUACUGAGGCUGAGAGGCACGUGCCAGAGGUCCUGCAGGAAGUAGUAAGAACAAGACAGACAAGCGUCCUGAAACCCUGCUGCUGUCCUCUUGGGUUUCAGUGGUCAUCAUAGGGUACUGUUCACCAGACACUCUCUGUGGACCUUACAGAAGUCCUGAAUGCAGUCAUCUUCAGGAAUAAGAAGCCAAUCCUGUUGUUAGUGAGCAUCAUGCAGUUCCUGAGAGCUGUCCUGCGGCAGAACUUCUCCUCCUCCCUGCUGGUGGUUGUUGGCCAAAACACAGCCCCAAGUGCUACUGAACCACAGCCAUCAUCACUGCAGGACACUGCCCUGCACCCCCUUGCUAUGCAGCAGGUCUUCUCACUUGUUGUCAGUCUGCAGAACCUUCUGGUGCAUGUCCAGUUGCAGAAAUACUUGCUGCUCUCUCAGGCAGUGGUUGCCUGCCUAGAAACCUUAGUGGAAUACCUGUAUGUGAAGAACCAGGAUGUUGCUCUGCAUGUUGCUUCGCAGCCGUGGCACCGAUUCCUGCUCUUCACACUACUCAGUGGGGGCCAGAAGUCCUUUCUGCAGCCAGAAGUUCUCAGGCUGGUGACUCUGUUUGUGAGAUAUCAGAGCAGCAAUAUUAUUUCUCAGAAAGAAAUUAGCCAGAUUAUUCAGGAGGCAGCAGAAGCCAACAUAGCAGAGCUGCCUGAGACCACGUCUCAUGCUCUUCGCCUCUUCCUUUCUCAGAUUCAGAAUAGUCAUUACCAGGUGGAGCCAGAACAGUCAGAGGUCAUUCAGACCUUGCUGGAUCGGCUCUUGGGACAGAGGACCGUGUGUGUAAAGCAUCAGGACAUUGUAUGUCUGGGAAGCGUGGCAGUGUCCCUCUCACACAUUGGAGAUUGA